CGUCUUGUCUUCUCAAGUGUGAACGUCUUCGCCGACAUCAAUGGCGAGCGGCUCCGACGAGAGGAAGAGGAAGAGGACGAGGAGGGAGAAGGGGUACGGCCAGAGAAAGCUGCUUCCUGGAGAGAACGUCGAGGUAUUAUGUUGUGACGAAGGACUGAGAGGAUCUUGGCACGCAGGGACUGUCAUCAGUUGUCAAGGAUGCUCCCGACUCAUUGAAUAUAGAGAUUUGUUAUGUGAGGAUGAACGUUCGAAUCUUCAAGAGAUGAUCCUUGUAUCGGCUGCUGUAGAGGGCCAGGCUAGAAAAAACCCAAAGAAUUAUCGUGGCCUAAUUAGGCCCUUGCCGCCUUAUUAUGAUAUCCAGAUUUUUGAGAUGAGAUAUGGGCUCUGUGUGGAUGCCUUAGUGGAUGAUGCCUGGUGGGAAGGUGUGGUUUUUGAUCAUGAAGAAGGCUCAACAAAGAGGUUGAUCUUUUUCCCUGACCAGGGUGACCAGCAGAUGGUCAUGGUCGACCAUUUACGUCUCACCCAAGAUUGGAAUGAAACAUACGGGCAUUGGAAGCCACGCGGUGGGUGGUUGUUGCUUCAAGUGCUUCAAGCAUUUGAGGAGGAAGAUGCCCUGCCAGUCUCGAUAAGAGAAAUCUGGUAUGACUUAAGCACAAUGGUUUCUUUUAGGGAAAAGAUUGGAUUGUGGAUGUUUGGAUCUCUAUCAGUUUGGGAGCAGUUGGUAUCAGGGUUGAUCCGAGAAUUGCUAUCUGUUGUACAUGUCCUAUCAGAGGUUUCAUAUGACCAACCCGUUGAUGCUCCCACAUAUUCUGGUAAUGAUGAGAUUCCAUCGGAUGAUGUUCCUCGUCAGGUAGGAAGUCUGAUUCAAAGUGAUACUGCUGGCAUACUUUCUGGACCAGUUAGGAUAAUGGAUAAAGUUCAGUGCUCACAGCUGCUCACACCUGAUGAUUGCUUUGUUCAAGGCAAUGGAUACUCAUCCGAGUGGAACCAUGACGAGCAGAAUAAUGUCCUUGAAACAUCAGAUGUAGAGGAUGUUCAAAAUUAUAAAUCUGGAAUCCCUAGUUCAUUUGUAUACCAUGAAGAGGUGGUAUUUGCUCAUGGUUCACAUAAAAAAAGAAGAUGCCGAGACAUGCAGCACCAAGCAAAAGCUUCUAUUCCAACAGUAGCCCAAAAGUUUAAGAAAAGUAAGUUUGAUUCCAUAAAUGAAGUUUCACCUGAUGGGAAUCAUCGCAGAGAUAUGGUAAAAGCAUUUGAACCAUGUAAGGUUACAGAACCUCGGGAUAUGAAGUAUGAGGAGGCCAAUAAUAAUCUGCAAUCUGAUGCACUUUGCAUUAAGGUUAUUAGUCCUUUUAGUCAUCAAAACAAUAAGGAGGAAGAUACAGGGAACAGAACAGGACAAACAUCUUGGCAAUCUUUAUAUGCUGAAGCUGAGCGCUGCCCAGAAGCAGUUGCUUUAUAUGCCUUUCGAUCUGCUGAUAGGGAUUCUCAGGUUAAACCAUUGAAGGUAGCUGAAAAAGUGAAGAAGCAUCUUUUUGCUCUGGGCUGGAAGAUCGAAUAUAGAAGAGAUAGAUUAUUAAGAGUUCGUUUUGUCUCACCCGAAGGAAAAAACUAUUAUAAUCUUCGCAAGGCCUGCAUAGAUGUGUUGAAAAGAGAACUUGAGGGGGAUCAGAGUUGCAAGCAAGGGAGGAAAUAUUUUGGAAAUUGCUCUGGUUUCGGCAAACCUGAUUCAAAGACAGGAAACGUGUGUCCAGAACUAGCAUCCCUCAUGCAAAAUUUUUUGGAGCAUCCAUCAAUUAUGGGGACUGAACGAACGUCAGAUCAUUCUGGCCAUUGUUUUAGGCAAUUCCAAACUAACAUAGGUAUGAAGACAGAAAGAAAACUUGAGAGACUUGGACCCUUCUCCAAACUACCUGAUAAUUCACACAGCCUUCUUGACUCUGUCAGGAUGAAGCUACAUCCAGAUGAGUUUCAUGAAAGCAAGCAACCAGACAGUUCUGUUUUGGCGAAGGAAAACCUUGAGUUAAUUGUUUCUGAAAAUGUUCCUACUUAUAAGCAUAUUGAACCAGAAUACGGCCCUCAAGCUAUUUCAAAUUACAAGAGAUACAUUGAAUCAUCUCGAGAGAAAGGCUUUGAGAAACUACCUAACGUGGAUAUUGAACUGAUGAAGUUAAAUGUUCAGAAGCAUCUCUUGUACAUGGGCUGGAGAUUUGCUGAAAGGAGAAGAAAACUACGUUUUGCUUCUCCUGGUGGUGAGAUCUUUCAUUCUCUUUAUACAGCCUGUGAGGCUUACUUGGAAAAAGAAGAAAAUAUGGGAAAAACAUAUGGAAGUUCUCUUAAAGGUACAAAUGUUAGCCAAAAUUCUUGGUGUGCAUCAAUUGGAAAUAAAAUUAAUGAUUCGAAGGAGGUAAGUCUUCUGUGCAAAAAUCAGUGUUUCUCCACUUCAAUGGACCCUGAUGAGUUCCAGAAAUCUGAUGAGGUGUCAAAUAAUGGCACCGAAAAUAGAUCUAUACUUGUAUUUAGUUCUCCAGAAUGUGGAGAAGGAUUUGGUAAUUCAUGUUUGGAAAAACUUAAAAAGUCAAAGACAGGAAUCAAAAUCUCUUCUUUGUUACCUCUGAAAGUUGUAGGAUGUAGAAGACUUCUAGAACAUUAUUGCUCCCAGAAAUCAAAGAAAAGAAAGGUACAAGACCUUAGAAGCAAAGGUUAUGAAGCAGGAAGUAUUUUCUUACAGCCUGAACAGCAGUUAAGUGAAAGAUGCCAAUUUGUUCCAGUAACAUCUCCCACCCAAAAGGUAGUUGAAGCAACCUGGUCAAUGCUAAUUGAGAAUCGUAUAGUAUUAGCUAGGCAGAAGGUGCGCUACAUUUCUAAGAGAGAUGGUCAUGUUUUGAUGGAAGGACACAUAACUCAUGAUGGGAUUAAAUGCAGAUGUUGUAGAAAGUUGCAUAGUCUCACUGGAUUCGAAGCUCAUGCUGGCAGCGACAAGUGCAAACCUGGUGCGAACACAUUCUUGCUUGAUGGAAGGUCCUUACUACAGUGCCACUUACAAAUGGUGUAUGGAAAAGACCUCAUAAACUUCCCACAUCCAAGGCUAAAGCAUGUUUAUGCUCACAGCCAAAGUGACUCUGUAUGUUCUGUCUGUCAAUAUGGUGGUACACUGAUGCUAUGUGAUCAUUGCCCAUCAGCAUUCCAUGUAGGUUGUGUUGGACUAAAGGAUCUGCCAAAGGGAAAAUGGUUUUGUCCAUCGUGUCGAUGUGGUAUAUGUGCCUCAAGUGCAUUCAGUUCUGCUGACCAAUUUACAGCGAAGACUAUGUUGUAUUGUGAUCAGUGCGAACGCAAAUAUCAUGUUGGAUGCUUGAGAAGGAGAGGAACUAAUUUAAAACAUUGUCCUACUGGAAAUUGGUUUUGCAGCAAGAAGUGUUCAGAGAUCAGAGCUGAACAGAUUAAACUUUUGGGGCUUUUAUACUAUGCUUUUGGUGAGAGGAGAUGAGAUCAUAUCAAUGGCUACAUUUAGGGUUUAUGGUGAAAAGAUUGCAGAAAUGCCUCUUGUUGGUACGCGUGCCAAAUAUCGCCGACAAGGAAUGUGCCACAUUAUUUUGGAUGAACUUGAAAAGGUAAAAUUUUAAAAGUUACCACUGGUUGAAAACCAAGAAUACCUAGUUGUUUUAUAGUUGAAUGUUAUAGUAUUUUAAUGACAGGAGAAUGAUAACUUAAUCCCAGAAAUGGAAGUAUUUCCUCCAAAUCUUUGACCAGUUUAAAACACAUGAAAGCUUUGAGAAUGAUGCAAAGGUCAAACCAUUUCUGUAGGGCAAGAUAAAAUUCUAAAUGAGGGUUUAACCAUAUGAAAACUGGCCUGAAGUUCAUAUUGUAGCAUAUUUAAUUAAAUAUCAAAAAAGUUAAAAAUGCAUUGUGCCUGAGAAAUACCAAAGUAUUUGAUUGAUGAGAUUGAUGUUGUGACCGGUGAGAAUAAUGACUGUCAAUUAAAAAGAAAGAAUUCUUUGUAUCAAAUUUGAUUUAUAUUAGGAUUGUUACUGGUGGAUGUUGUUUGUCAGAUAAAGAAAAGAAAGAUACAGAGAGUAAGGUGGCCCCUACAUAUGUGUAGAUUCAGAAAGAUAAAUAAUUGAGUUCCAUGGCAGGUAACCUGUAGUGUAUCAAUGAAAAAAGUCCUUGCUCAUCCCAUCCAUUUAUGUUAUUAACAAACAUUUGUUAAUGAGAAUUGAUUAACAUCUAAUCUUAAAGCAACAGUUCAAAGAAGCAAUUGAAUGAUAAUUAUGUAAGUUUAUACCUCAUUCACCACUAAGAGAUAUCAUUUUUUACAUUAAAAGUCAAAGAAAAAGCAGAAUCUUCAAGGGGUAGCUUACGAAAUGUAAUAUGUAUCAGCAGACAGACCAAAAAGGGCAACCAGUGGUAAAAUUGAUGGCAGAAAGUGUCAGACAUUUUUGUUUUAACUGCAGAAACCAUAGAGAAGAAUCAGGAUAUUGAUGAAGUCACUGAAUAGUUAUACAUGUGGCUGCACCAAAAGUUCAUCCAGAAUUUUGUUUGAUUACUGGAAAUUGAAAAUCUGAAGGAAUACAUAAAGUAGUAUAAGAUGAGCAUGGUCAAUAUGACUGUUGAGAUGGACAGGUAGUAAAGUUAACAUGGCAAGUAACUAGGAAAAAUGUCUGGAUUGCCUCACUUGGGAAUAUAUUUGUCGAUAGCCAACUUAUUGCAGAUGUUUGUAUUAAAUACAUGUGGCGGGCAUUAUUACAUUUAAACUGCCAAAAGUACACAAGUUGAUGUAUUUAUACUCUUGGUUGGAAAGUGAGAUUAUCCUACUUGAACAUGUGAUGUAUACAGAGUUAAAAUUGCUGCUCAUGGAUUCAAUU